AGCUACGAUGCGAGAGCUUAAAAGGCGCCUGGUGCCGGCAUCUGUCUGUGUGACGUUACUGACAACUUCCUCGCGCCUCUGUGUCACGGUUACUUUCUGUGCUCGGCGAGUUAACUUAAUCUGCCGAUCUGACGGUCUUAUAAACUCUAUACCACCACCAUCACCCUGAAGUCCUGCGAAUACCGAAGUGGAUUGCAUUUGAUUGUUUUGUUUCUGCAAGUCGCAAUUUUGACAUCGACAUUACAUCGGCAUCGUCAUCAUGGUCCUCGACCGUCUCCAGCAAUUGACCUUCCAGGUCAGCGCCACCGCGCCUCCGCCUCAUCCGUUGGAUCCCUUGUCGACGGCGGAGAUCGAUACGGCUGUUUCCCUGAUCCGCGAGGCACAUGGCAAGGUGAACUUCAAUGCGGUGACGUUGUACGAGCCGCGCAAGGCGGAGAUGAUAGCUUGGUUGGCGGAUCCGGUGAAGGCUCCUCGUCCUGCGCGAGCGGCUGAUAUCGUCGCAAUUGCCCCGGGUGGCAAGGUGUACGAUGGGGUUGUCAAUCUGGAUGAGAAGAAGGUUGUGCAGUGGAAGCAUACCCCCGGUGUGCAGCCUCUGAUCACCAUGGAGGAUUUGCAGGAGGUGGAGCAUAUCGUGCGCAAGGAUCCGAAGGUCAUUGAGCAGUGUGGGAUUCUUGGGAUUCCGAAGGAGGAUAUGCAUAAGGUGUACUGUGAUCCUUGGACAAUCGGAUACGAUGAGCGCUUUGGUACGGAUGUUCGAUUGCAGCAGGCUCUUAUGUACUACCGCCCUCAUAUCGACGACUCCCAGUAUACUUAUCCUUUGGAUUUCUGCCCCAUCUACAAUGCAGAAACGAAGGAGAUUAUUCAUAUCGAUGUGCCGCCUGUGCGCAGGCCUCUCAGCAAAGCCGCUCCCAGCAACUACCACCCUGCUGCGAUCGAAGCAGAAGGGGGUUUCCGGACAGACCUGAAGCCCAUCUAUAUCACUCAGCCGGAGGGUGUUUCUUUUACGGUCAAGGGGCGGGAGAUUGACUGGCAAAACUGGAACAUCCAUGUGGGUUUCAACUACCGUGAAGGUAUUGUGCUCAACAAUAUUACGUUCAACGACAAGGGAAAUGUUCGACCUGUCUUUUAUCGCCUGUCUCUGGCUGAGAUGGUGGUUCCUUAUGGAAACCCUGAGCAUCCGCAUCAGCGAAAGCAUGCGUUCGACCUGGGCGAGUAUGGCGGUGGUUACAUGACCAACAGCUUGUCCCUCGGCUGUGACUGCAAGGGCGCGAUUCACUACAUGGAUGCCGCAUUCGUCAACCGCGCAGGCGCUAGCACGAUCGUGAAGAAUGCCAUCUGCAUUCACGAAGAGGAUAACGGCAUCUUGUACAAGCACACCGAUUUCCGUGACGAAUCCAUGGUUGUCACUCGCGCCAGAAAAUUGAUCAUCUCGCAGAUUUUCACCGCCGCCAAUUACGAGUACUGCGUGUACUGGAUCUUCCACCAGGAUGGAACAGUCCAGCUGGAUGUCAAGCUGACUGGUAUUCUCAACACCUACGCCAUGAACCCCGGCGAGGACACCCACGGCUGGGGUACCGAGGUCUACCCUGGUGUCAACGCCCACAACCACCAGCAUCUGUUCUGUCUACGAGUCGAUCCUAAUAUCGACGGGCCCAAUAAUACUGUCUUCCAGGUCGAUGCCGCUCGUGCCUCUGCAGAGGUUGGAAGCGCCGAAAACAAGUACGGCAAUGCCUUCUAUGCCAAAAAGACCAAGUUCAACACGCCGCUGGAAGCCAUGUCUGACUAUGACGGCAACACCAGCCGCACUUGGGAAAUGGCCAAUACCAGCAAACUGAACCCCUACAGCAAGAAGCCUGUCUGUUACAAGCUGGUCAGCCGUGAGGUACCUCCCUUGCUUCCCAAGGAAAACAGCUUGGUCUGGAAACGGGCCGGUUUCGCCCGCCAUGCUGUCCAUGUCACCAAAUAUUCCGACGACCAGAUCCACCCUGCUGGUCGCCAUGUCCCGCAGACCUCGGGUGAGCCGUCGCAAGGUAUUCCAGCCUGGAUCGAAGCAGCCGGUCCCAACAGCUCCAUUGACAACACCGACGUCGUCCUAUGGCAUACCUUCGGUCUUACGCAUUUCCCGUCUCCCGAGGAUUUCCCCAUCAUGCCUGCGGAACCGAUGACGUUGCUUCUUCGCCCGAGGAACUUCUUCACUCGGAACCCGGCUUUGGAUGUUCCUCCUAGCUUUGCGAGAACUCCGUCCCAGAUUGCAUCUGGUGGUGCGGCUUGUGCAUGCAAGAAGAAUGAUGGGUCUAGUGUACUGGUUUAGGUUUCUCUUUCGGUUUUAAUUCUAUGGUUGUGGUUUGGGCCCUAGCUUUCUUGUAUAUAUUUCAUUUGAAUUUCCUUGGAUUAGCUGUAUGCCAGCAUUUACCGAC